GGUAUGUCGAUGUGAGCAAUGUCUUGUAACUGCACUGCUCCAGAGGAUUUUCCUCCUCGAGAAUCUCCUUUGGGAUGGUGGGUGGUCUUUUGUCCUUUGCCCGGUGUUUCAACCUUCUGUUUUUCUCCAAUUUUUUGUUACGUUGUUCCAACUUUCUCAUUCAGUCUUCUUGAAUAUCUCUCGUAGAGGUUAUCUUCCUCGUCGGAGUCAGAGUUAUCUGUCAACCCUUAUCUAUAUUGAUUCUUGGGUUGUCCUUCUCCAGCGAUAAGGUCGUUGUGGAGAGUUUCUCCAGGCUUCAUUGCGUCAAGUCCUCUGGUCGUCGCGCCACUAGUUUCUCCUGGGUUCGUACGAUUGUCUCGCCACCAUCGUGUUACCUGCGAGAUAUGCAAUAAUACUUAAUUUGUCUUUUCUUUCGGAGGGCCCCCCAGGUUUCUAGGUCAUGCAUGGUUUCUAGGUCAUAAGUUUUUGUAGACAUGUGAUGAUGUAAAACAUUCCCCAACUGGAUAAAGUUUUGGUGUCAGGCAAAUGUGUUUUUUUCUUUUUUCGAGUAAACUACUUCCUCCUCCGAACGUCAUACCUUUAAUAGGAAAAAACCAAAUUAUGAUGAUCGAAUACGUUUUUACUUGUUUGGAAGUGUUUUUCGAUGCCUUGAAUCUUUGAUUUUGACAAACUCAUAUGUAUUCUCUAACCUUCCUUCCUUGUUUAGAUCUGAGUUUCCAAUAGGAAGAUUUUAGGUUAUAUGGAGUUUUAAGAGGUGAGAAAUACCACUACAUACCUUCAAUCCUUGAUUUUUUUCAGCUGUCGUAGUGUAUAUCCCUCCUACCAAGUUUACUUGUUUAGAUUCCUUCCUAACUCGUUCAUGGAUGAGGUUUUGUGAACUUUUUUUCAAGAAAUCUAUGACUGAUUUUCUAACCAUCUACUCUCCUGAGUUUCUUUAGAGCAUCUCCAACAAUGGGUGCUACAAAUCCUUUGUGGAGUUUUUAUUUAGAGUAUGAGAUUAUAUAUAUCUAUCUAUAUUAUAAGGGAUAAUGGUGUUUUUCUAUAUCUACGGUCAUGUACAUUUGUAACACAUAAAGGACGGUCCAGAUACAAUUAUAGACAUAAUAAAUGGAAGUCUACAUUUCAGACACACAAAAAUGGCCCAAAAUAUAACUAGGGACCCGAUGGUGUUUUGGGACAUUAACACAACCAUUAUUGUGGACAUUAAUUCGUGUUAUCUCUUCCGUCCGUUACAGAAAAAUGAGGCUUUUACUCGACUUCUACUUUUCCGUUCGUUGUAGAAAAAUAUAACCCAUUAACAAUUAACACCAUUAUUUUCGACCUUAUAUCCCUUUGAUUCAGAUCCGGCUAAUCAAUUUCAUUCGUUGCUUGAAAUGUUCCCCUAAUAAACCUCAAGAAUGGUUAUCUUUCCAGGGUUCUCAUUUCUUUCUGCACCAUAUUCUCUAAAGACUACACGCACUGAGCUACUGAUUAGCAUAGGCAGAGCCUGUGAUUAUACCAAGCUUCAAUAAUGAUAUAACUCUCCCAAGAAAAACCCAGUUACCAAGUAUAUGGCUAUCAAACUGCUACUUGAUAUUAGAAAAGGGAAGCCCUGCCAGAUUCAAGUUACGCACACCUGUAAGGGGCAUGAAGUCGGCUUUAAGGAUAUCAAAGCAGUUACCACUUUGGAUUUGUUAUUACUUGAAGAAAAUAAAAUGGUGUGUGAAUAUGCAAACAUUUUGUGUUCUUCAAACACAACGGUUCCCAAGGUGCGCAAGAUCCAUGAUCUUACUUUCCAGAACAUCAGUGGUUUGAGUAUGAAUAUUACCCCAUGGGAUGAAUCAAUCAAUGAGCUUAGCCAUCACAUACAUCAUCCCGAAGUUGAGCAACCACGUGAUGUCGUUGUUACUAAGAGUGUUAAAAAGAACCAAGGAAAGAGGCUACAAGUGUUGUUAUCUAGAAAGUUGGUAGUACAAAGAGGCUAGGAAAGUUAGAGGAAGUAAAUGGGGUUAGAUUUUCACUUAAUACAUAUCAAUAUCUACUAGGUAAUUUACAUUUGGUACAUAUCAAUAUCUAUGUUUUUUCUAUUAUGUACAUAUCAAUAUAUGCUAUAUUUUUACACAAUACAUAUUAAUAUAUAUUAGGUUUUCAGUUAUCCUUUUCUUUCGGUACAUAUGUAUAUGUACUGCGGUUUUUUAUUUGAAAUGUGUAAAUGAAUUGACUAGUAGAUAUGAAGCUCAUGUAUAGGAUAUUAAUUGACUAUUUUCUGAAUGCCUCGUACUCAUUUGACUUUAUUGUUGUAUAUGUAGUUUUCUUGUAUGCUUUGUUUUAA